UAUGGCGGCGCACUUGAGCAGAGCUACCGAGCGACUUGUUCCGAGGAUUUUUCUGCCAUCCAAUUGUGUCCUCAGACCUGAGGCAGUGAGGGGAAAAAAGAAGCAAAACAUACACAUACAGCAUCAUGCUGUGAGGAAGACCAUGUGUGGGGAAUGCUUCAGCUCUCUUUCAUUCGGAAAAACAAAAAAGAGUGUCAGACAGGCAGGUGGACAUGAGGCUAGGGCAAGCGGUUGGCUCCUGCCUGCAGCCUGGAAGUUCUAUCUCGGAUCAUGGCGUCAUCACCAUCACUCUGCAGGCUCCUUGCUGCGCUACAUACCCCGCAGGGCGGUUCUCUACUGCCCUGGCAAUGAUGAGCGAAAAUUGAGGAAGCUGGCCUCGUUGGAUGUCGACUGUGUCGUCCUGGACUGUGAGGAUGGUGUAGCCCUCAGCAAAAAGACCGAGGCCAGAGAGACCAUCCCCAGGAUGUUGGUGGAACUGGAUCUGGGGCGGACAGAGAAAUGUGUGAGGGUGAACUCGGUGUCCAGUGGCUUAGCUGAAGCUGACCUGCAUGUCAUUCUGCAGGGUGAGGUUCUCCCUCCUGCCAUCAUGUUACCAAAAGUGGAGGACACGCAGGAGGUGCAAUGGUUUGUUGACAGGUUUCAGCACAACUUGAAAGGACAGGCACUGACAGAACCCAUUCGCCUGGUCACCUUUGUGGAAACCGCUGUGGGCCUGCUCAAUUUUAAGGCGGUGUGUGAGGAAAUCCGUCGACUUGCUCCCAGUGCUGGUCUCCACCAUGACGGCGUGGUGUUUGGCUCUGAUGACUUCUGUGCCAGCAUAGGUGCCACACGGACAAAGGAUGCCAAGGAGCUCCUUUAUGCCAGACAGAAGGUGGUGGUGACCACCAAAGCAUUUGGGCUACAGGCCAUCGAUCUGGUCUAUAUUGACUACAAAGAUGUGGAGGGGCUGAGGCAGCAGGCCAGAGAGGGAGCUCUCAUGGGCUUCACAGGUAAGCAGGUGAUCCACCCAGGGCAGAUCCAGGCUGUACAGGAAGAGUUCUCCCCCAGUCAGGAGAGGGUCCAGUGGGCCAAAGAGCUCAUUUCUGCCUUUGACCAACAUCAAAAGGAGGGCAAGGGUGCGUUCACCUUCCGCGGCAGCAUGAUUGACAUGCCCUCGCUGAAGCAGGCGCAGAACAUCAUAACCCUCUCCACUGCGGUGCCGGAGAAAUAACACGAAUUUGGGAUGGGACCAAAACGGGAGGAACCACACACACACACCACUAAAUCGAGGACCGCAGAGGUCAAAGGGGACUGAAAAAAUGUUGCGACAAAAAAGGAGCAUUUUUCAACAACUUGACUUUGUUGCCUGACGUCAGAGUGGGAAUGUUUGGUGUUAAUUUAAGUUUUUUAACAAUUGUUGAAAUAUAUCCCAUUCAGUUCAUUUGUGUUCUAUGGGAGUUGCAGUGAAGUUUCACUUUUUUUCUGCCGAGGUCCAUUUACUUUACGACUAUACACACUGAAAUGUAUUCAUGAAUCUAAACUCUGCAUGAAGUGAACACCAACAGAAAAACCUUUGGAAACCAAGCGUUGAAGAUUAUUGCCCAUGUGCAGGCACUUUCUUGGCAGUGUGAGCACCAUCAAGACGCUCUCCUGUGUAUUAGUGUGUGUGUGUGUAUUUGUGUGUGUGUGUGUGUGUGUGUAUUAGAGUGUGUGUGUGUGUGUGUAUUAGUGUGUGUAUUAGUGUGUGUGUGUCUAUGCGUUCCAUCUCUUCUAAGUCAUGAUGAAUGCUCUUGCAUCUCCAUGGUCCGGGCAGCUGGGCGAAAGGGUAAACAAACACAACAAGCCACUGUUGUUGAUCUAUUCAUUGGGCCCCAGUCUUCCAGUCGGGCCUCAUCCCCCCCGCCCAGGGCCUAACUCACAAACAUCAAAGUCCUGCUCGCUGAAAAAACCCCCCCAAAAAAGAACUGCAGAUGGAAGUGUGUUAACUCACGAUUUAGCUUUUUUGUGUCAGUCUCCUUGGUAAAGACAUGCAGCUCGCUCUGUGGAAGCUGCGAGCCUGUGGUCUUGAUGGAGAAGGCGUGCGGCGUCAGACACACCAUGACCUGCACGAAAAAUAAACACUGCAUGCAUACACAUGCUGCGGCGGUAUUCUUCACCCGGCCUCUCAUUUAGCACACACACACAGAAAGUUGAACUUGGAUUUGCAGCCAUUGCUUCUCAGCGAAUUCACCUGUUAAUCAGCAUUUGCUUCAUUUUAGAAACGGUGAUUAUGAAAAAUGAGCUGAACCAGUUUGUUGUUCUCAAACAAAAGUGUGACGAGGCUCCGUGCACAUGUGACUCCCAGAGACAGAGAGGUGGGUGUGAUGUUGGAGUGAGACAGAUUAGUGGCCAUGUUGCUCCAGCAGACCAGGACCGAGGCUUUGUCUCUCUUGACUGUGGAUGGGAGGAUAAUUGGGGGGGUGUUGAAUGGUUAAUAGUGCCAUUGGUGACCAUGGUAAUGAAAGGCACCAUACCUCCCCUACCCACCUCAUCCACUCAUCUCUCUCUCCCUCUAUCUCUCCCUCUCUCUCUCUCUCUCUCUCCCCUACUGUAUGAUCUAUUGUGUCUGGGGCAGGACUGUGAUCUGUGCCAGGCCAGGCCAGA